UUUAGCCCCCUUGGACAUUAAAAAAGGAGAUUAGCCACUGCUAAUAGGAUCUCCUUUGCCAACAGCUUCAUGUGGGAAAAGUUGGACAGAUACAGUUUUCGGCGAAUGACGGACGCUUCACCUGUUGAAUGCCUAUAAAGCAGACAGCUGAAGAAGGCGACAGAGCACAGCGAAAGCCUACUGUCAGAAAAAUUGCUGGUCUGAAUGACAGCGUAAUAAAAUUGAUCUAUCUACUGCCCGAAAAAGAAAUAUAAAAGCUUCGUUGUUUCCCUGAUCGAGCGCAGCGUCUCUUUCAGGCAAAUUUUAUUUGGGGGCCGCACAAAGCGAGCGAAUGUAUCCUUGACUAGCAGAAGCGUUCCGUCUGCUCCAAUGUGGGUUUACUCGGAAGUAAAUCUCACGGAAUACACAUGCAGAGGCUUUUUGCACAUGUUUACACAUUGCAGGCCGAAUCUCCACGCCGGCACCGUUCUGUCCUACAUCUGUUUGCUCCCCCUAGGCGGAGCCAAGAAGCAAACAGGCGUUAGGAAGGGAGGAGAUAAGAAACCCACCUCUAGGGGGUGGCUCGGCUCCUCUGUGUGCCUCCGACGCUCAACCCAGCCUUCUUAGCCGGAGAGCCCGCCUCUAACGGCCGUGGAGGAAGGCACAGCCCAUCGCUGUUGGAGAGAGAACAGGGCCGGGUCCUUAAUUACAGAAGACACUGACCUUAUUAGCCAUCAGUCAAAAUAAUCUACUUCACAAUAAUUUACUAUGACAGAGAGCUUUCAAAGUGUUGAUUUGCCAGGAGACGCCUUAUCAGGUUCUAUGAUGGUGAAUUCUCAAAUGCAAAGAGCACCUGCUGAUUCAUGGAGCAGAGAAGGGCAAGAACAGGAAGAAUGGGGAGACUUGAACAAGGUAUUAAGGCAGCAUGGCUUAAGACCUGUGUUCCUUGAUAAACCUGGAGGUAGCAGAGACGUAUCAGAUAGGAUUGUUAUGGACAGACAGUCUUCACAAGCGAUACGGUAUGCAUUGAAAACAUUAGUCGAAGAAACGGAGCGGCAACGGAAAAUUGUGCGUGGUCUGAUAGAAGACAAUCGCCAGCUUAGGGAUGAAUUGCGCUUGGAGAGAAAUCGGGCUUCACGACAGGAACAGCGAGCCAAUGAUUUGGAUAUCAUUGUUGAGAACAUCAAACACAAAAUACGCCAGUUGGAAGAUGAGUCUAUAGCUAAGGUUUGCCAGCAGCAGACCCAAGUUAAAGAGCUUCAGAAAGACCAGCAAGCUUCCCAGGACAAGCACCAUCAACAGGCAGACAGAUUACAAGAGCAAGAAGAGGCCAUUGCCCAUUUGCAGAAGGAGCUCUCUAGGGUGGGCUCUGAAGAGCAGCACCGCAUUGCUAUGCAGAAAAAAAUGUUCCACCAGUUCUGCAAAAAGGCUCCGAGAACUCAGCUGGAUCAGCAAAUGUGUUCUCUAAUUGACUAUUAUGAAUCUCAGAUCAACCAAAUGAAAAAAGAGCUAAGGAAAUGGAAGAGAGAAACGGAUCAGACACAAGGAGAAGGAAAAGACAAGGAAGAAUUUUUGAACCUAGAUACCACUACUAAUUACAGAGCCCUGCUCAUGUCUUUCCAGAAUCAAAUAAUUGAGACAAAAUCCCAAAACGAACAGCUGUUACGUGAAAAUACGAAGCUCAAAAAAGAGAUGGAAAUCAGACCAACUGUGCAAGAAUUAAAAUUUUACAAACACCAAGUGAAGAAGUUGGAAAAAACACUUAAGAACAUCAAGUUAUAUGAGACUAAAGAAAAAGAAAACGUGAAAGAAAACAAAGAAGUUAAAAGUAUUAUGGGAGGAGACCAAUUGCAAGAAGUUUGCAGAAGAUAUUUGCAUGUGUUGUCCAGCAUUGACUCAAUUGUAAGGAGUCCAAAAAGGGCUCCCCUGGUAAUACAUCUGCAAAGGAAAGGGCUGCCCCGAAACUGCAGCAAAGAGGAAGAUCAGGACUGUGGAUUUGACCACCUUCCUCUUACCGUUGAAAUGUGGGCAGACCAGCUAAUGGCCCUGAAGAAUGUCCAUAGGUCCCUGAACAAACUUUUGCUGCAGUUAGUGCCUUGGCAUACCGCAGCUGUGCAUGAUAACAAUGAAUCUAUUAAAGUUGAAGAUCUACAGCUCAUAGUGGAUACAAUCUCUGAAGAAGUAGAAAAUAAGGAAAAGAAAAGUCAAGUGCCUUCACUACAGACCUUGUAUGGCAUGGUCUCCCACUUUCGGAAGCUGUUUGAUGUGAAUUCUUUGAAUGGAGUUUAUCCUCGGAUGAAUGAAGUUUACACAAAACUUGGAGAAAUGACCAAUGCUAUGAGAAACCUUCAUGAUCUCUUAGAACUAGAAGCUUCUGCUCUAGAAACUGACGUGGUGUUAUUCCUAGAUGCCUCUGCCCCACCCAGUGUCCUGGUGAAUGCUGUUGGAAAGCUGUGCAGUAUAUUUAAUGAGAAUGUGACCUGGCAGGUAGAGCAGCUGCUGGGAACACAAGACCUUGAAAGCAUUAUCAACAAGUUAGAAGAACAUGAAAACUUCUUUCCAGCGUUUCAAGCUCUUGCUGAAGAUUUGCUUCAUGUUCUAGAGGUCAGAUAUUUGACUGAUAUAUUACCUGCUGUGCAGAAGCUGAAACUGAAAACCCAGUAAUGAUGUAGACCAUGUAUACAGUUGGAUGAGAAUAUCAAAUAUUUUUCUACCUCCUUUUAUGUAUAGUUCUAGAAUAUUCUGAUUAAAGUAUCUUAACUUGG